AUGGCCUUCGUCUGCCGGCUCUGCGGCUUGGUGUGGCCCACGACUGAGCUGCUCACCCAGCACUUCUUGGAGCACGGGUGGGCGCACCGGCGGCUCUCCGCAAUGCCGCCGCCGGCAGCCCCACGCCCCAUGAUGCCACCCGUACUCCGGGCGCCACCACCGGCGAUGAUGGCUCCGGCCCAGCCUCUGCUGCCGCAUAAUUUCCUCCUCAUGAGCACGGCGCCGUCUCUGGCGCCACCGCGCCCAGCACCGCCGCCCGGCGUCCGCCGCAUGGCGAUGGUGGCGCCGCCCGUGCAGCCUCCUGCUGCCUCGCCGGCGCCGGCGCCGGUAGCAUUCGUCGGUCCCGGUAACACGAUCCGGAUGGUUCCGCUUCGUCCCAACCCUGCCUUCUGGGCGAGGCACCGCUCGGGCCUGGAACCCUUUGUGGAGUACCUGAGCAUCGUCAGGCCGAGGCCGGCGUCACCGUCACCCUCCUUUGAGGACUGGAUCCAGGACGCCGACUCGUCCGAGGAUGAGGAGUGA